CUACAUCUUAUAUAAUUCCUUCAGUGGGAGAACGGUCAGACAGAAAAAUCAUAGGUCAUGGCAACCAUAAAUAAUUAAUCUUCGACCUGUCGGGUUUUCCUUGUCAAACGUGUCUUCCCGUUGUUUCUAUUAGAUACCUACUCCCUUAAACUCAAAUUUCUUUUUUUUUAUGCUCGCAGGGUUUAAGAUUUGCUUUCUAUCUUAUAAAAUUACCAACAGAUAAUAACGACAAACUUGGCGCUUGCCCUUAACUCGACCUAGAAGUUUCAUCUCAUCGGAUUAGCAUCUCCGUUCAAGUAUUGAAAUUUUCAACUACGAAGCCACUCGCAUCAAAAGAUGGAUAUAUCAUCGUCAAUUUCGUCGAUGAUGUCGAUGUCAAUGUCGAUGCCAACGUCAACGUCGACUACAACUGGUGCUGCAUCAACCGAAACUGCCAUGGCGGGCAUGGAUAGUCAUAUGGAUAUGGGUAUGGGUGGGAACAGCUGUCAGAUCAACAUGCUCUGGAACUGGUACACCGUCGACGCCUGCUUUAUCUCUUCCUCCUGGCACAUUACCUCCAAGGGAAUGUUUGCAGGUUCUUGUAUCGCUGUGAUCCUUCUUGGGAUUCUGCUGGAGUUUCUGCGACGCUCUGUUAAAGAAUACGACAGCUAUCUCAUCUGUAAGAAUGUUGGCAAGGGUCUCGUCGUUUCCGUUGCCAGUCAUGAUGACAACGAGGAUGGUCGCACUUCACCUAAGUCUGGCCAGACUGCUGCUAACGGAUUGUCCUCGGUCUGUCCAUCCUCAAGCAGCGGAUAUAGGCCCAAAUUGUUCGAGCAAGCUAUCCGUGCCUUCCUCCACACUGCUCAGUUCGUGGUGGCGUACUUCCUCAUGCUGCUUGCUAUGUACUACAACGGUUACAUCAUCAUCUGCAUCUUCAUUGGUGCCUAUAUCGGUAGCUUCAUCUUUCAGUGGGAGAAGCUAGGAGGUGCACAGCAGACAAGUGCCGCGAAGGAAGCUACCGUGUGCUGCGGUUGAGAUACCUGCGAAACGAGAACAACCAACUUCCGAGCGAAGACAAUACGAUGGCCACGAGGGGAUUAGGUGGAUGAGGGCGGAUACGGGGUUUGAUUUCAAUGGCGACGCGUUAUAUACCAUUUAACCUAGCAAUUUAGGACAUAAUAAUACAAGCACGAGACUUUGAAAUGACCCUUCUUGGAGGAUUGGCAAUAUUUUGUAAUAUUUUGAGCUGUUUGAGGCUUGCGGUUAGGUUACAUGAGUUACAAGCUACAUGUAAUGUGGGGCUGCAGACUGGCAGACAGAAUCGCGUCAAAAAAGAUGCUCCCCUUAGCCAGUACCUAAUAUUUCAAAACUCUUAUUUUCAUUACUAAUAACGCUUUAACAACAU